AUGGGAAAGGAGAAGCAGCACGUUAACUUGGUCGUUAUCGGUCACGUCGACUCUGGUAAGUCGACGACGACUGGCCACCUCAUCUACAAGUGUGGUGGUAUCGACAAGCGUACAGUCGAGAAGUUCGAGAAGGAAGCUGCUGAGCUUGGUAAGGGUUCGUUCAAGUACGCUUGGGUGCUUGACAAGCUGAAGGCCGAGCGUGAGCGUGGUAUCACUAUCGACAUUGCCCUCUGGCGCUUCGAGACCCCCAAGUACAAUGUUACGGUCAUUGACGCCCCGGGUCACCGUGACUUCAUCAAGAACAUGAUUACGGGUACUUCGCAGGCUGACUGCGCUAUCCUUAUCAUUGCCGGUGGUACGGGUGAGUUCGAGGCUGGUAUCUCGAAGGAUGGCCAGACUCGUGAGCACGCCCUGCUCUCGUUCACCCUCGGUGUGCGUCAGCUCAUCGUCGCUGUCAACAAGAUGGACAGCACUGGCUACUCUGAGGAGCGUUUCAACGAAAUUGUUCGUGAAGUGUCGAACUUCGUCAAGAAGGUCGGUUACAACCCUAAGAACGUUGCCUUCGUGCCUAUCUCUGGUUGGAACGGUGACAACAUGAUCGAGGCCACCACCAACAUGCCAUGGUACAAGGGCUGGGAGAAGGAGACUAAGUCGGGCAAGGCCACGGGUAAGACGCUUGUGGACGCCAUUGACGCCAUUGAGCCCCCGACGCGCCCUACUGACCGUCCUCUCCGUCUUCCUCUCCAGGAUGUGUACAAGAUUGGUGGUAUUGGUACAGUCCCAGUCGGUCGUGUCGAGACCGGUGUUAUCAAGCCUGGUAUGGUUGUGACGUUCGCUCCUUCGGGCGUGACAACUGAAGUCAAGUCGGUUGAGAUGCACCACGAGUCGCUCGCCGAGGGUCUCCCAGGUGACAACGUUGGUUUCAACGUUAAGAACGUCUCGGUGAAGGACAUUCGCCGUGGUAACGUUGCCUCGGACUCGAAGAACGACCCAGCUCAGGAGGCUGCUUCGUUCAACGCCCAGGUCAUUGUCAUGAACCACCCUGGUCAGAUCAGCAACGGUUACUCGCCAGUGCUUGACUGCCACACUGCGCACAUUGCUUGCCGCUUCAACAACAUCCUCCAGAAGAUCGACCGUCGCUCUGGUAAGGUGCUUGAAGAGAACCCUAAGUUCGUCAAGUCGGGUGACGCUGCAAUGGUUGAGAUGAUCCCAACCAAGCCAAUGUGCGUUGAGUCGUUCAACGAGUACCCACCUCUUGGUCGUUUCGCCGUCCGUGACAUGCGUCAGACCGUCGCUGUUGGUGUUAUUAAGACGGUUGAGAAGGUCUCUAAGGGUGGUAAGGCUAAGACCGCCGACAAGGCCUCGAAGAAGAAGUAA